CCUACAAGGCGUUCACGCGUCAGCCGGGAACCCUGUAGAAGCCGAUCACGGCUGCGACGCGAGCUGGCGAGGAGGAGCGCUCGUCGGUGCGUGUCGGCGGUGGCGACGGCGACGGCAGCAGCGGCGGCGGCGGCGCGUGCUGCGAGGCCUGCGAGGACGAGUGGAUCGCCGCAUAGAGAGAGAGAGGCCGCACGAGUGUGACGGAACAAAGGAGGACGUAUUUCAGCUUGCGUGAGGGUAUCGUCGUCGUGUUGGCCCGCCGCCGGUGAAGCAUGGAGGCUGACGGUGACGCGAAGUGAGCGGGCCCUCUCGUUCUCCCCACUCCCUCCCUUUCGAAAUACGCACCUGCUGACAGACAGAAAACGAAGGCUGAACCCUCUGACUAUACAUAUAUUUAGAAAAAAGAAAAAAAACCGUAACGAAUCACCGCCAAAAGCUAGUAGAAUUUUAGUCAAAACGUGAGAGAGAGAGAGAGAGAGAGAGAGAGAGAGAGAGAGAGAGAGAGAGAGAGACGUGCAAAAUAAAUAUAUAUAUACAAUAUAUACGUAUAUGUGUAUAUAUAUAUAUUAUAGAACGAGAAAAAGAGGACGAGAGAAACGCAAGAUAUACAUACAUACUUAUAUAAAUAAAUAUAUAAAUAUAUAAAUAAGGAGAGGAAAGAGAGUGAUUCGUGAGCGUGCGUGUAAAUAAGAGCUAUUUUUCGUAUGAGAGCGAGAGAGACGCGCCCUGGCCGGAGAGAAGCGAGAAACGACAUGUUCGAAAGCAUCUUCGGACGAGGGAAGAUUUAGGCUGCUUCUCUUGAAGCCGAAUCGUCAAGUGGAAUAUAAGAGGAAGAAGAAGAAGAAGAGAAAGAAAAAGAGGACGAUCACAGUGGCGGCAGAAGAGAGCGAAAGGAUACGGUCGCGUCACGGUUGUUUGGACAUUGUUUCGAUGUUCUCCAGUCCGGAUCGCCGGUGUUUCUUCCCCCUACAGAGGAAUAGUCCCUCUCGCGGAGACUGAUCGAGCCGAUAUAUAUAUAUAUAUAUUUCGUGAAAGAAACCGCAGUGAAGGAGGCGAACAAGUGUCGAAGGUAAAGCGAAGAGUGAAAAAGAAAAAGUGGAAAAGAAGGAAGGAAGGAGAGGGAGAAAGAGAAAGAAAGAGAGCGCAAAGAGAGGAAGGAAAUAUAGAGAGCGAUCGUGUGGCAUCGAGAGGGCUGGCUCCAUGUUGUGAGCGUCUGAGGACUGCCGAGGGCAGCAGCGAAAGGGCGGAGUAGGGUGCCGCCGCCGUUAUGGAGUACGGUGGCGGGGGCGGUGGGACACGCGGGGGUGUCCAGCCACCCUCCGCGGGGGCGAGGGGCAUCGCCGGCACCGACACUACCGACGCUGCGUGGCACAAACACGAACAAAUGAUGCUCAUGGAGUCCAGGCACAAGCAACAAUUGAGCGGGAGGACGGGGACCGGCGGUGCGCCCCUUUACGGGCGCCUGGUGGCCGAGGAGCCCAUGCCCUCCGCGGUAUGCGGUGGAGCCGGUGCCGCGGGUGGCGGGGCUGCCGGCGGGGUUCCGCAGGAGACCCCCUCGGACAUUCACGCCAUGCAGGCCAGGAUACCCCACAGGUUUCGCGAUCCAGCGACGGCGCCCCUCAGGAAACUCAGCGUCGACCUCAUCAAGACCUACAAGCACAUCAACGAGGUUUACUAUGCGAAGAAGAAGAGAAGAGCACAGCAGAUGCAAGGGGAAGAUGGUUCGCAUAAGAAGGAGAGGAAACUCUACAACGAUGGCUGGGAUGACGAUAAUCACGAUUAUAUCAUCAAGAAUGGGGAAAAGUUCCUCGAUCGAUACGAGAUCGAUUCUUUAAUAGGUAAAGGCAGUUUUGGCCAAGUAGUGAAAGCAUUUGACCACGAAGAGCAAACGCAAGUGGCAAUAAAAAUCAUCAAGAACAAGAAGCCUUUUCUUAAUCAAGCGCAAAUCGAAGUUAGGCUAUUGGAAAUGAUGAACAGAGCGGAUACCGACAACAAGUAUUAUAUAGUUAAACUGAAGAGGCAUUUUAUGUGGCGAAAUCACUUAUGUCUGGUAUUCGAACUGCUAUCGUAUAAUCUAUAUGACCUACUUAGAAAUACGAAUUUCCGAGGAGUGUCAUUGAACUUGACAAGAAAGUUUGCACAGCAACUGUGUACUGCCCUCUUGUUCCUGUCUACGCCGGAAUUGAACAUCAUUCACUGUGAUCUGAAACCUGAAAACAUCCUUUUGUGCAAUCCCAAACGAAGUGCGAUAAAAAUAGUCGACUUCGGUAGCUCGUGUCAACUUGGACAAAGAAUAUAUCAGUAUAUCCAGUCCAGGUUCUACAGAUCUCCGGAAGUCUUGUUAGGAAUACCUUAUGACCUCGCGAUAGACAUGUGGAGUCUGGGAUGUAUUUUAGUAGAAAUGCACACGGGAGAACCUCUGUUUAGUGGGGCCAACGAGGUCGAUCAAAUGAACAAAAUCGUAGAAGUACUAGGAAUGCCGCCGAAACAUAUACUGGACCAAGCGCACAAGGCGCGGAAGUACUUUGACAAAGUCUCCACGGAUGGCUCGUACGUGCUGAAAAAGUCCAAGGAUGGUAAAAAAUACAAACCUCCCGGCACGAGGCGCUUACACGAUAUUUUAGGUGUCGAAAGCGGUGGCCCAGGCGGCAGGAGAAUGGGGGAACCGGGCCAUUCGAUGUCCGAUUAUCUCAAGUUUAAGGACCUAAUUGUACGGAUGUUGGAUUUCGAUCCGAAGACACGGGUAACGCCGUAUUACGCACUUCAGCACAACUUCUUUAAGAGGACAGCCGAUGAGGGGACCAACACGAAUGUCGCUGCUGCUAAUAGCGCGAGCACGAGUCCGGCAGUGGUGUCGAUGAGCCAGGAUCAUGGACUGGUAACCAUGUCGGGACAGGGCAGCAGCAGCAGUAGCGGCGGCGGCAGUCUGCAGCAGAUGCAAGCAUCAAGUCUCCCUGGUGGUGGCUACCAGCCCAUGGACUGUGAGUCCUCGCCCCGUCACACGGGCAGUCGGCGUGCCAUAACAACGGGCUACCCAUCAACGUCGGCCACUGGGGUGCCCGCGUCCGCCCCGAUGUCCAUGCAAUCCAUGGACAGCUCCCUGAUACAGAGCUCUCUUGGAUCGUACAAUAGCCUAAUUAUUCCUGGUAUACCCCAUCUGCCUGCGAUGAUGACCUCACCAAUGAUUCAGCAGCAGAACUUCUACAACUACGGCUACUCGUCUACUGAUACACACGGUAUAGUCAGACAGCCGUCAACGGUGUCGUCCGGUAACCAGAGAGAUCCAGAGAGAGAAGAUAGCCCAAUGGUCGGGGUAUGCGUCCAACAGAGCCCAGUCGCUAUCCACUAAAGUAGCAGAAGGGCAACUGACGGUGGACAAUACAGCUUGUCGCGAACGCAAAACCGUGAAGAAAAUGAGUAGCUAAUUUACGGAGACGGCAUGCCUUGAAUGAUGUUAUCGUGGCAUUGACGAGAAAACGGUAAAAGAACGGAAAAAUGGCAUGUAAACAUCUUGAAAGUCGUUCCCCGAUGCUGCUUUCUCAUCACAGAGUUAAAAAGGAAACAAGAAGAAAAAAAAUCACGGUAUCGCGAUUAGCCUCAACUUCGGCAGUGGAUUCAAGAAAUUUUUCGGACACGUUGGUUUGGCUGAACAAUUCUGAAAAAAUAUAAAUGAAAAAUUUCCCGGAAAAUCCAAUAAAUAACCACAAGUCACAAAGCCCAAAUCUCUCUGUAUAUCAAGAGAUCAUAGAAACGAAAAAAAAAAUAUAUCCUAAGCUCGGCGGCGUUAACGACUGUAUGAGAAAUCCAACGAGUAGAAGAGAAUGCGAUGGAAGGAAAAAGAGAGGAAGGAGUGAGAGGAAAUCUCUAUUUCUGUUAUGUUGCUGAAUUUUCAUAUUUUUUAUCAAGCUGACUGGUCCUAUGUUGAAAGUGGAUAUAUGUGUCUAACACGGAAGAUUGACGAAAGCUUCGAGCAUGGACAGACAGUAAUGGUCUAGUGAGGAUGAACCCAGCUGGCCUCUCGGGUCCUGCCCGAUUUCCACAGACACUCUUAGCAGUUUUUAGCAAAAACGGCUAAGCGGAAAACUUUCGGCAACCAAACUGUGUGGCCUAGAGAGCGAAAAAGUGAUAAUUACUUAUUAUUACCGCGUAAAAAAAGAAGGAAAAGUAAGAAUUACCAAUGUAAGCAUGUACUCAAAUAGAGUUUUAUACACAAUGUCACGAAUGUAAACGGUUUAGCAAGUACUUGCGAGCAAACAGUCGCGUCGACUGCUAGUUAUUUGUACAAUACACUUAGGUGAAUGAUAAGAGUGCAGCUUUAGGGUUUAGCUUUUAAGUGUGAGGAGAUAAAACACACACAAACAUUGUAAACUCGAAUCUUUUAUUUACUUUAAUGGAAGACAAGGAUGUUGCAAACGUCAGUUUGUUGUUGAACAAGGACUUUAAACAAACGAGGUUUGCGCGGCUUAACAACAAUACAUAUUUAUACAUUAAAAAAGCAGUAAUAAGAAAGUUAAAAAGCAGCAUACACGUAAGAUCGAGAUCAAGAAUGGUAUAAUCAUACAAAGAACUUAGAUACUUUAUAAUAAACAAUACGCGCAUACUCGCAUACACAUGUUUCCAACGCCAAUCGUCAUUGAUUUUUGCCGUUUUGCCCCGAUGGUCGCUGCGCUUAUGCCAUUCGCACCAAUCGUAAUGUAGCCUCUUUAUUUAUAUAGAAGACUCUACUUUUUUUUUAUUCGGCCAAAUUUUUUAAAUCUCGAUUAAAAAAUGUGAUUGUUUUUUAUCAUUUAUGUAUUGUAAGACUAGAUGACGAACAAAAAUAGAAACUAAUAAUUUCUUUCUUAUUACCAUCACAAUUAUAUUUUGUCAUGAAACUACCAAUUGUAAGUGUAGUAUAGUACCUGAAGGCAGACCAUGAAAAAAUGCAACCAUAAUCCCUAUACCACCCAGAUGUUACAAAAGAAAAAAAAAAUAUGACUAAUAGAAAAUAAUAAUGAUAUAUGCUGUAAAGAGAAAGAAAUCUUAAAGAAUUAUACAUGUUGCUUUUCUGUAAUCACGAUAGCAAAAUAUGGAAAUACCAAGUCUGUUUAUAAGGUAUAUUUUAUAUAUUUGCGGCUUUUUAUACUCUUCCAUACAAAAGAAGAUGACACAUGAACGGAGACUUUAAGAUUUGAAGAAUAAUUUAUCUGUAUUAUGUCAUUUAAUAUAUUAUAUAUAGGGCAAUGGUGUGUAAUAAAUUUU